AUGCAACUACGACGAGAUGUGCCAAUAUUUUUUUUUCUUUUAAUUACCAUUUUUCUUCUUAUUUUACUUUUCCAAUUGCAUUAUACGGUUGAUCCAUCCACACGAGCCGGAUUAUCAAAAUUAAUUAAAAAUCAAAAAUUUCGAAUUCUAACAAAUAAAUAUUCAUCUCUUUGGUAUCAAACAAAUUGUUUUCAAGUUCAACAAUCACAAAAACUUGUAUUAGAAAAACUUCCUGAAUAUUUAAAAAAUUCACAUUCAUCAAAAAAUGAAAUUUGUCGACAAUUUGCAACAAUAUUUAAUGCAUUAUUCCAUCUCGAUGAAAUCUAUGGAUCAUUAAAAUUAUCACCGAUUUAUUUAAAGAAAAUAAAUCAAUGGUUAAAUAAUAAUGACGUACUUCUUGAACAAAUACGAAAACAGCGUAUUAUUAAAGUAUACAAUCGAUAUACACAUGAAGAAAUGUUAUACAAUUAUAUGCGUAGUCAACGACCACAAACUAAGAGUGAAAUAUCAUCUGAAAGCUAUACAUCAAAAUUAUUGGAAGAUAGCAAGAAAAAUUGUGAUUUUUGUGGAAAAAAUUAUCUCAAUUCAACUGCUGAAGAUACAUUUGGACGUCUUGAACAUCGUCUUUCAUAUACAGCUGCUAAUACAUUUAAAUAUGACCGUUGGCAUACACUUAUUGUAUCGCGUAAUCACGAUACAUUACAUUUAACAGAAGAUGAAAUCGUUGAUAUGUUUGAAUUAACAAAAGAAUGGUUUCGUAAAGCUCAUUCUAUAGAACCAAUGUAUACAUGUCCUGAAAUGAUAUGGGAUGCAAUGCCUAAAAGUGGUGCUUCACAAAUGCAUACACAUCUUCAAGCUAGUUUAGGUUUUGAUAUAUAUUAUGGAAAUAUUGAACGAAUAAGACAAGGUGCUCGUCUAUAUGCACAAUUAAAUAAUGGAAGAAAUUAUUAUUCUGAUUAUCUUUCUAUACAUCAAAAAUUAGGUCUAACAAUACCAAUUGGAAAUGCACAUAUUGUUGUUCAUCUAACACCAAUUAAAGACCUUGAAAUAAUGAUAAUGGGUGAAAAAUUGGAAAGAAAUUUUUAUAAAGCAUUACAUCUUGUUUUUCGAACUUUUGUUGAUGAUCUUAAUGAAUAUAGUUUUAGUUUGGGGAUGUAUUUACCACCUAUGAAUGAAUCAUCUUCAAAUGGUCAUGAUAUCCCAGUUGUAUGUCGUUUAGUUUUUCGAAAUCCUGUUACUAAUCUACGAUCAGAUAUCAAUGGACUUGAUUUAUAUACAAGUUCAGUAAUUGGUAAAGAUCGUUAUAUACUUCAUCAACAAUUAAAAGAUAGUAUAUAUAAACGUCUAAAAUAA